ACCACUUAAACCUCAUCAUCACCACCAUCAUCAUCCUCAUCAUCUUCAUCUUGUGCACUCCGCCACGACCUCGCCAUACCGCACCUCCUCAUAUGCAUCCCACCAAACGAAGCCAACACCACCACCAAAAAGAGACAUGAAGCAUCCCAAGAGUCCUGACCCCAUGGAUGAGAGUACCCCUCCCAAAAAUGAGGUAAAGGAGGGGGAGGAGGAAGCCGAGGAGGAGGAGGGGAGGAAGAGCUCCACAGGACACAGGGCCAAACGAGAGAGACGACCCGGGGGCAGCAGCAGUGCAACAAUGUGCCAAGUGUGUAACAUUCAACUGAACUCCAGCGCUCAGGCCCAGAUCCACUACAGAGGCAAGACGCACCAGAGAAGGCUGAGGAGGCUUGCCAAGGUGGUCAGCGCAGGAGCCCUGACCCAGAGCCAGAUCCACCCUCUGCUGGGCUCCCUGCCUCUGCCAGGACGUCCACUCCAACCACAGGCACAACUGGAGCACUUCCUGCCGCUCAGGGUCAAUGGAUCCACCCCCCUCAGCCUCUUCCCCAACUUCAAUGCGAUGGACCCAGUCCAGAAGGCAGUGAUCAACCACACCUUUGGCUCUGCUCCACCCAAAAAGAAGCCCAUCAUCUCCUGUAACAUCUGUCAUCUGAGGUUUAACUCCACUACUCAGGCUGAGGCUCACUACAAGGGCCACAAACAUGCUCGCAAACUCAAGGCCCUGGAGACGCAGAGGAACCGUCAGAAAAACCCUUCCUCUUCCCCCAAAGAGAGAGAGAAGGAGCCAGAACCUACAGACUCCAAUGUGGGUGACGCUACAGGUCCAGGCAGCUCCAGUGAACCUGCCCAGCCUGAACCAGAGACAGGUGCCUCUGUGUUAGCUGCUCCUGCCCAAUGCCCCUCCUGUUCGGACUCCCCUGACCUCUCACCCCAGGUCUCUCCCCAAGUCUCCCCCCAAGUGUCCCCCGACUCCCAGCUCUCGGAUCUGGCUCUGGACAGCCCUUGUGCAGAGGGGUGCAGCUCAGAUCCAGGUGCACCCUCUGACUCCCAAAGUAGUUCCAUGGAAGAGAGUGAAAUGGCAGUGAAGAUGGAGGAGGGGAAAGAGGCCAAGAGUAACAAGAAAAACCUGCACUGUCCCACCUGCAAAGUGACUGUCAACUCCAGCUCCCAGCUAGAGGCGCACUGCAGUGGUUCAAAGCACAAGCAGAUGGUGGAUGGCCAGAGCAGCAGUCACUCCCAGAGGAGAAUAAAGAUGACAUCGUCUCCGCGGCCCACCUGUCGCAUCAAACCACGCCUCGGCAGCAAAACCAGGGCUGUGGUGAGUGUGAGCAGCCAGCCCUUCCACUGUGAGCUCUGCCAGGUCUCUGUCAACUCAGAGACACAGCUGAAGCAGCACAUGAACAGCAGGAGACACAAAGAGCGUCUGGCUGGGAAGCCUGUCAAGCCCAAGUUCACCCCUUACAACAAACUGCAGCCCAGCGCCGUCUUAGCUACUAAACUGGCUCUUCAGAAGCAGUUGUCUAAGGCUCUUCCUGCUGGUUUUCUGACGAGCCCAUUAAACCCGGCCGCAGCCUUGUGCACGAUGGCGUCUGGACCCCUGGCGCUGCGCCUCCCGCCAGGCCCUGCCGCCAUCAUCCAGGGCCCCCUGAUCAGCCCUACGCUCUUCAGACCUGCUCCAGGGCCACUGCGGGCUACACACACUCCCAUUAUCUUCUCUCCCUACUAGCACAGCGCCUGGAACGGAUCCCCAAGACCUCCACCGGCCUAAACUGAGCCAUUUAAGGACACGAACUGGACUGCUUUCAGAUGAGGCGUAGGAGUCCAGACACUAUACUCUGGCCACUUUAGGUCACACCAACAGUAUGCACAAUUCCCAAGAGAGGAUUGAGGUUUCAGUGAAGAUGAGCCCUCUCCCUUGAGCCCUCCUUGAAGGACCAUUGCUCAGCUGUCAUUAAAAAUAUACUUGUGUGCAUGUACUCCGGGGUCUGGACCUCUCUGGAAGCCAUAGCAUCUUUUCGUUUUACUAUAAGACUAUAGACUUGGAUGUUGUAUUAAAUGUUAGUGCCAAAAACUUUUCUUUCAACCCUCUUAAUCAAAGGUACAUUUAGUAAUAUACCUCCAUGUGUUGGAAGUCCACCUGUCCUGGAACCACUUUUGAAAGACUGAAGAGUAACUUAAAGCACAUGAAGCCAAACAUGUCUUUGUUGUCUAUAGUUGAUCUGUUUUAUGCAUAACAUGUAUGUCUUUUUUGUGAAGUUAAGUGACAAUCAGCAAGGACACAUACAAUGCCAAGAAUAUCAACAGUAUUAUAUAGAGACAACUAUAAGAGACUGUGCUGAAUGGAAUUAAAUAAAGUAAUUUAUUUAUAAAUAGAGGGAACAUAUGUUUAUUUAAUUUGAACCUCAUUCUUA